AUGCAUGUGAGGGUCGAAGGAGCGGGGAUUGGAGCAGUUGUGGCGGUUGUGGAGUACAUCUACAGGUUCAAGGCAGUGAGGCUGGGACGGUGGCUCGGCAUGAGGCAUACGAUGGUUUACUAUUGCCUGGUGAUAGCAAUUCGGCACGUGACAACCGCGACGUGGAUGGAAAUGCUGCAGAUUGCGUCCUCUAUCGACGAUAAAGCAAUGCGUGGCGUGCUUUGUGAUGAUUUAAUAGCUUUCCUGAAGACGCUGGGGCCGCACCGGUACUACCAGGCGUUGGCGGAUAUGCGGAGCGUGUACAUCAGCCGUUUGAAGCAUCAAGACAUCCUAAUCCGGGCUGUUGUUGCGCUGAUAAACAACGUUCGGCUCCUGGAGUUCUGGCGGAAUUUGCUGGAUGGGCUCAGCAAAUGGCUGUGCUACCGGCUUCAGACGAGUCACCUCCCUUCGCUUCGCGCUAUUCAUCGGCAUUUUGCACCCGAGUGGAAACCGUACAAGGAACGGCAGCGUGUGGAGGUUCGAGCGAAGCCUGGCCAAGGUGAUCUCUUCACGCUGUUGGAGUUCGGGAAGUUUCAGCUUCAAGUUCGAAUCGCUAUCACGGACGCAAUGCCGAUCAUGUGGCGAAUCAUUAGGUCCUCGUCGCCGCAGUUGCUGAGCACUGACCCCGACAAGGUGGACGGACCCAAGGCUCUAGAGGGUGAUCCGCAGUUCUGGAUACGAGCACAGAUGAAGAUUAAGUAUUGGCGAGCCCAGCCCAAUCGCGAAGAAUACAGCCAGUGGUCUGACCUGGUGCCCUCCUCUCCUUCGACGUUGGCUCCAGCCGUCACGGCUGCAGCGAUCCAAUCUGAAAUCAUGGGGAAGGCGCAAUUUCGAGGUAGGUUCUUCAUUUGGGGAGACCCUGUGUGCAGCAUGUACCAUUUCCUACUGCAAACGACUCUCUUCUACUCUGCCCCACACGGUGCAUGUGAGGAACUUUCCGACAUGAUGGUUGUUUCUGAGAUGCAGCGGUUGCCAUUAGAAACCCUCGUGCUUGUGCUGCGCAGCGAUCGCUUGCGAAUCCCCAAUGGAGAGCGGACUCUGCUGCGGUGUCUCAACAAACUCGUGUUUGGCAACAACUUCAGUUACCUCGGAAGCUCACAGCAAACUCCAAAUGAUUUCAACGGUCGGGCGAAGGAUGUGAUUCGACUCUACAAGUGUGUUCGCUGGUGUUUUAUCCCUCUGGACGACAUCAUUGGCACUUUGAGACGGUCACCACGCGAGCUCGGGUUCUAUGAGCUGAUCGAGAAGGGGCUGCAGGAUACUUUCCGGCGCUUUCUCCGACGCCGGCCGUGGGGGUGGCGCAAGUACCGACAUGCUUACAUGAAGAACGAAACGAAUGUAGUCGAGUUCCGGAUCGAGGCUGGUGAGAACGAGUUGUCGCCGGAAUAUUUCCCGCCGAUCGUCAAGCCUGACCUGAGCUCUCAGGAUUCGUUGAUUUUGAGCCCCACCGUCAUUUCCUACGGCCCGCCACGCGUGCAAAGUGUGUAG